AUCGCAUUGCAUACCAGUCUGUGGCAUCAGACUAAAUGACCCCCAAAGGUGUUAAGAAUCGAGGGUGUUUCCAGUGUACCAAGCGUCGGAUUGUAUGCGACGGCGCCCACCCGACCUGCUUGAAGUGCCAGAAAAAAGGAAUUGAAUGCUCGGGACUGGGUCGCUUCCGCUUCUCCUCAGGUGUAGCCACCCGCGGCAAACUAAAGGGAUGUGCGAUUCCCACCACAGUGCCGUCUGAAUCGGAAGGGAAUACCCAGUCACCCACGGGGGUUCCACGGCCCCAGAAGAUACGAUGGAAGAACGAUGGUCCAAACCGUACCAAGCGGAAGCCAGGCGCAGCAGCCACAAAGGCUAAAACACAUCCGACCGUGGGAGAUGGGAAGAGUCACCAAGCUUGGCUUGAAUCCGCAUCUCAGAACCAAUCCGCAGUUCCUGGUCCCACGGAAAACGAAGUGGCAGCAGAUGCACUAUGUGAAGGCUCUCGAGCUGCGCCACUCCUGUGCCCAGAGGCCGACAGGAUCCUGCAGGACCAACUGGAGUGGCAAGGAAGCUUAGAUCACUCCAAUGCGGACGAAGAAGAAUGUUGUAAUGACGAGUCGUCACCAGCUCCAGCCUCGUGCAGCACUAUAAUUCCAUGGAUCCCUUCUUUAGGUCCUCAGGAUCGAAUGUAUCUUUCACAUUUCGCAAGUGAGGUGGCCCCCGUCAUGGUCAUCUUCGAUAAUGUUUCCAAUGGUUACCGGGAUAUUUUCUUACCUCUAGCUUGCGAAGAUGAGGUUCUGCGUGGGGCCAUUCGAGUCGUGGCAGCCCAGCACUUGGCUUUACAACACGCCAGCUUUCAUGAAAUAGCAGAAAUGGGUCGUGCGGCAAUCAUUUCCCGGCUUCGACGCGAUUCCUUACAGGCAUCAUCGGACAGCAUUGUUAAUCUUCGUACGUGGGCAACUUUGAUUGUCCUGCUAGUGGGUGAAACCAUCACAGGCAGUCCCGAGUACUCUCAUCUGCUGCGCACAUUGCUCUCCUUGAUGCCGAGCCUCUGUCAAAUGGAGGCGACUCCAGCUUAUCGCUUUCUUAUACAGCAAACCCACAUGUUUCAAUUUCUCGGACAGCCGUUGCUCAAUGAAACCCAAGGCAUGGAUGCCCUAGGCUUUCACCCUACUCGCUACCUCGACUGGACCGACUAUCAACUUCCCCCCGAGUCCAGGCACAAUAGGGUUCUUUGGGUGGUCCGACAGGCCUUUAUUGAAGCUUCCCAGAUUUAUAUCCUCCGAGCCACUACCAACCUCGACCUAUGGGAUAGACUCGAGAGCUUGAAACAGCUGGUGUCACGCGUCGACCCUGACGAGCAGGGUGCUCAUGCCCUUGUUUGGGUGUGCUUCAUCGCCGCUGCGGAUUCUACUGAUCCCGAGCACCGGCAUUAUUUCACCGAACGGAUGAACCAGGUCUUCGCAAAGACAAAGUUUCAAAAUAUUGUUGCAGCUGUCCGGACGCUACCGGACAUUUGGGCGCAACAGGGCUCCGGGCGCUGGACGUCGAACUUAAUUCAGCUAACCCCCACGCUCAUUAUGUAAAGUACAUCCACUUGCUGAUCGGGUAUCAAUACGCUCUUUCAGUAGUAGGAUACUCCCGGGACAGACUAGACUUAUAUAGUCAGUUAGAGACACCA